UUAACUUCCGACUCCGGUCACGCUUGCGCAUUCACUGUGGACACGUCUCUUCAUCCAGGUUGAAACUGAACCGGCGAAACUUAUUUGUUUACAAACUUAUAACCCAAGAGAAUGCCGCUACGUUUGGAUAUAAAGCGGAAGCUGUCAGCUAGGUCUGAUCGUGUCAAAUCUGUGGACUUGCACCCUACAGAGCCAUGGAUGUUAGCCAGUUUAUACAAUGGAAAUGUACACAUUUGGAAUUUUGAAUCGCAGACAUUAAUCAAGUCCUUUGAAGUAUGUGAUCUGCCUGUGAGAGCUGCAGCAUUUGUUCCUAGGAAGAACUGGAUUAUUACGGGAUCUGAUGAUAUGCAUGUAAGAUGUUAUAACUACAAUACACUUGAGAGGGUUCAUCAGUUUGAAGCCCAUUCAGAUUACAUCAGAGCUAUCACAGUUCAUCCUACUCAGCCUUUCAUCUUAACCAGUAGUGAUGAUAUGUUGAUCAAGUUGUGGGACUGGGACAAGAAAUGGACAUGCACACAAGUGUUUGAGGGACAUACUCAUUAUGUGAUGCAGAUUGUUGUGAACCCAAAAGACAACAACACAUUUGCCAGUGCCUCUCUAGACAGAACAGUCAAGGUAUGGCAACUAGGAUCUCCGACACCAAACUUUACACUGGAAGGCCAUGAGAAGGGAGUUAACUGUGUUGAUUAUUAUUCAGGGGGAGAUAAACCUUACUUAAUAUCAGGAGCUGAUGACAGAUUGAUCAAAAUAUGGGAUUAUCAGAAUAAAACCUGUGUACAGACUUUAGAAGGGCAUGCACAGAACAUUUCAGCAGUCAGAUUCCAUCCAGAAUUACCCAUAAUUCUCACAGGAAGUGAAGAUGGCACUGUUAGGGUAUGGCAUGCCAAUACAUACAGACUGGAGAGUACAUUAAACUAUGGAUUAGAGAGAGUGUGGGCUAUUGCUUGUCAGAGGGGUUCAAAUAAUGUAGCAUUAGGUUAUGAUGAAGGCAGUAUCAUGAUUAAAUUGGGAAGAGAAGAACCCGCCAUGUCUAUGGACAGUAGUGGUAAAAUCAUCUGGGCCAAGCAUUCUGAGAUCCAACAGGCCAAUAUAAAAGCCAUAGCAGACCAAGAGAUAAAAGAUGGAGAAAGGCUACCACUGGCUGUUAAAGAUAUGGGAAGUUGUGAAAUCUACCCACAGACCAUAGCUCACAAUCCUAAUGGAAGAUUCGUGGUGGUUUGUGGAGAUGGAGAAUAUAUAAUAUAUACAGCUAUGGCUCUAAGAAACAAAAGUUUUGGUUCUGCUCAGGAGUUUAUCUGGAGUAAUGACUCAUCAGUGUACGCCAUUAGAGAAAGUUCAAGCAUGCUCAAAAUUUACAAAAAUUUCAAAGAGCAAAAGGCUUUCAAGCCUGACUUUGGAGCUGAAGGUCUUUAUGGAGGAAAUAUGUUAGGAGUUAGAUCUGUGAGUGGACUGGCAUUUUAUGACUGGGAUACAACAGAACUAGUCAGACGGAUUGAGAUCACACCUAAAAAUAUAUUUUGGAGUGAGAAUGGUGAACUUGUUUGUAUCACCACAGAGGAGUCCUUCUUUAUACUAAAAUAUAACCAGGAAGCAGUUGACAAUGCCAGGUCUUCUGGAAGUAAAGAAGACAUCACAGAGGAUGGUAUUGAGGAUGCUUUUGAGGUUAUUGGUGAAAUAGAAGAAACAGUCAAAACAGGAAUCUGGGUCGGAGAUUGUUUUAUAUAUACUAACAGUGUAAAUAGAUUAAACUAUUAUGUUGGUGGAGAGAUCGUCACGGUGGCACAUUUAGACAGAGUGAUGUAUCUCCUAGGUUACAUACCUAAAGACAACAGAUUGUAUUUAGGUGACAAAGAAUUAAAUAUUGUCAGUUUCUCUUUACUGUUAUCUGUGUUAGAAUAUCAGACAGCCGUUAUGAGGAGAGAUUUUGAAACAGCUGAUAAAGUUUUACCCACAAUUCCUAGAGAACACAGAACAAGAGUGGCUCAUUUUCUAGAAAAACAGGGAUUUAAAUCACAAGCUAUGGCAGUGACCUAUGACCCUGAACAUAAGUUUGAGUUGGCAUUACAAUUGGGAGAAUUAAAAGCUGCUUAUGAAAUAGCCAAGGAAACGGAGAGUGAACAAAAAUGGAAACAGUUGGCUGAGUUAGCCAUUAGUAAAUGUGAGUUUGGACUGGCCCAGGAAUGUCUACACAAUGCCAACGACUAUGGUGGUCUUUUACUCCUUGCCACCUCGGCAGGAAAUGUUGGCAUGGUGGCCAAACUUGCACAGACAGCGGAAAAAUCUGGACAAAAUAAUGUGGCAUUCUUAUCGUACUUCUCACUUGGAAGAUUGGAAGAAUGUUUAGAGGUUUUAAUCAACACAGGGAGACUACCAGAAGCUGCAUUCUUUUCCAGAACAUACCUACCUAGUCAAGUGUCCAGGGUUGUACAAUUAUGGCGGGAGAAUUUAGGCAGUGUAAACAACAAGGCAGCUAAUUCAUUGGCUGAUCCAGAGGAAUAUGAGAACUUGUUCCCUGGCUUUGUUGAGGCACAGAAAACAGAACAGUUUCUACGACCACAAAGAAAAAGUUUAAUACCAGCUAAUAAAUACCCACAAGUUCCUUCAAAUCAUGAACGUAACCCAGUAGAAGAGAUGCAGGCUGCUGAACAAAGUGGUUCAUUUGUUUUUGUGUCCGAUACGUUACAAGAAAACGAGGAGGAGGAGGAGGAGGAUUUCAAAGAGGCAGAGGACGUUCCAGUAUCUGAAGUAACUCAGAAGCCUGCUACACCUAAACAAUCUACAGAACCGAAACAGACUACAGAGCCCCCACCUGAACCCUCAGGGAAAGCCCUAUCACAGGCAGGCAUGGAUGAUAUAGAGAAAGAAUUAGAACUGGAUUUAGAAAAUAUGAAAUUUGAUGAUGAUAUAGAUACAUCUGGAAUUGAUGACCAAAAAUUUUUAUCAGAGGAUGUGAAUUUAGAUGAAGACCUACUGGAGGAUUGAACUCUUAUAAUCAUGUGAUCAGGAAAUGAACCAAUCAUAGACAUUGUUACAUUUCACCAAUCAUAAACAUUGUAUGACAAUUGUUGAAAGAAUAUUUAUUAUUAAGUGCUCUGUUAUUGUCUUCAUAUUUAAAUGUCAUGGAAUAAUGAAUUUCUAUUGUGAAAUAUUUGUUUUUAUGUUACAAGUCGGAAUUUGAACCAUACUUAGUACAUUUAGUGCAAUAGAAAAGAAUGUUGAAGGCUAAAAAAAACUAAUCCAUUAUUAAUACCAUAUUUACCCAAAUGAAGAGAAAUUUUAUGGAACCCUACAUUUUAUUUUGUAAGACAGCAUUACUUUGCAUUAAACCCGUCUGGUUGAAGAUGUUACUGCAAUAUUAUUUAAAAAUCCAGGUUUAAUGAUUAAAAGUCAUUUCCAUUUACUAAGAUGCUCUUGAAAACUCAGUUGUUUUUGAAUGUGUAAUAAUUAUGUAUAGUGAAAUAUUCUUAGUGUUUUUAACACUGAAAUAAAAAAAUUGAAAAUACUUCAAUUUGACAUUUGAGAUGUUAUAAAUAGAUAUUUAUUUCUUAGUUUGUUUCCAAAUGAGAUAUUGUAUAUGAUACUGUAAUGUGAAAAAAAGGGGAAGAGUAAAAUAAACUAUGAAACUUA